AUGUUUUAUUGUGUCUUCCAGAUCUAAUUAAUAACCCAGGCAACCCUGUUUUCUCCUGUCCUACUGAAGUUCAGUUAAUUAACCCAACAACAAAAGAGAUUCAGGAAGGAGGUGGGUGUCAUACAAUCUGUGAAAUACUGAACGUCUUGAACCAUUUAGUAUUUUUUACGCAUUUUGUUUGAUCAAAUGCUUUUCCUAGUUUAGUAGAAGUCACAACACUCUUUCAAAAUUUUUUUCACGAGAGUUCUGCAAAAAGAGGUCUUCAACUAAUAUUGGGCACUGCCUCACUUAAAAGCUCAAUAGUUGUCAAAUCAUUAUAUGCAGUAUAUGAAGGGAUUUUAGGGAGUGCUGUGCCUAAUAUGACAUUCUUGCAGAGUAUUUAAUAAAAGUGUUUUCUCUAGAUUGGUUUGAUGGUUACAAAACAAAGAAGCAACACCCGAUGUAUAUGACAAGUGGGAUGGAGUAUGGGUGAGUAAUUUUUACAUAUGUAGUUAUUUGUGAGUAGUUCCAAAUAAAAGUGUAAAAAUGAUUCAUCAUUGGGGCUGUCUUUCUUAGAAAAGGCCAAAGUUGUUGAUUUUACAGCCUAUUUAUCAGCAAAAACCUAAGAAAUUAAAGAAGCUUAUAGGCAUAACUAAGCUUUUGUCCUGCUCAUUUAUCCUUUUGCUUUGCCACUUUCUUGUUGCCAUUGCAGUCAUGGUUUGCUAAAGGUCUGUUUUAAACUUCUACUAACCUACUAAAAUUUUUCAAUUUCCUUGUAGGAGUCAUCGUCCAACAGUUCAUACCAUGCCUACAAGUUUUCAUGCAAAGAGCCAAAAGUUCUCAGAACACUUGGGAACAUGUGGAAUGUACAGAGAUCAAUCUCUGAAUACCUCUAUGGAUAAAAGCAUUGUUUGAAACUGUAUUGUAUGCUUUUUUCCAGGCAAAAAUGCUAAACUUAACAAAGCAAAUCUGUAAAUAUGUAAGUUUUUGUUUUAUUCUAAUAAAAGUAAAAUAUUUCCAU